AAUGAAUACCAGACAUCUGUUCUGAACGGAGAGAAGCGCUUCAGCUGCAUAUAGCGGCAUUUUAAGCUUCUCAGUUCAGCUUUUUAACAAUAUAACGUGUUACUAGCCAUAGCUAUUUGUACUGCUACAUGCAGUGUAUAUGUAAUUAAUUGUAUUUAUAUAUAGCUAAUUGUAUUUACAAUUUUCGAGGGUGUCUAUUUAUCAAGCUGAAAUGACAACCAUGUUGAUUCUUUUGAUGACCGUAUUGGUCGCAUCAAUUUUUGGCGAGUCCUCCGUUUAUUUCCGAGAAGAAUUUGAAGAUGGGGAUGCAUGGAAAAGCCGAUGGGUGGAAUCCAAACACAGGUCGGACUAUGGGAAGUUUGUUCAUACUGCUGGGAAAUUCUAUGGUGAUGUAGAGAGAAGCAAAGGCCUUCAAACCAGCCAGGAUGCUCGCUUUUACUCUGCAUCCUCCCGCUUUGAGUCCAUCAGCAACAAAGACCAGACACUGGUAAUCCAGUUCACUGUGAAACAUGAACAGAACAUUGACUGUGGUGGAGGCUACAUCAAGCUGUUCCCAGCUGAUCUCAACCAGGAGGAAAUGCAUGGAGAUUCCACAUACAACAUCAUGUUUGGUCCUGACAUCUGUGGUCCAGGUACUAAGAAAGUUCAUGUGAUCUUCAACUACAAAGGCAAGAAUCACUUGAUCAACAAAGACAUAAGAUGCAAGGAUGAUGAAUAUACCCACCUGUACACACUGAUAGUCAAUCCGGAUAACACCUACGAGGUGAAAAUCGACAACAAGAAAGUUGAGUCUGGAAGCCUAGAGGAGGACUGGGACUUCCUUCCCCUCAAGAAGAUAAAGGACCCUGAUGCUGAGAAGCCAGACGACUGGGAUGAGAAGGAGAACAUUGAUGAUCCUGAAGACAAGAAACCAGAGGAUUGGGAUGUUGCUGAGAACAUCCCUGACCCUGAUGCCAAGAAGCCUGAUGACUGGGAUGAUGAGAUGGAUGGUGAGUGGGAGCCUCCCAUGGUCACGAACCCGGACUAUAAGGGGGAGUGGAAACCCAAACAGAUUGACAAUCCUGCCUACAAGGGGAAAUGGGUGCACCCUGAAAUUGACAACCCAGAAUACACUGCUGACCCUGAAAUCUACCAAUAUGCCAGCAUUGGGGUGAUUGGAUUGGAUUUGUGGCAGGUGAAGUCAGGCACUAUUUUUGACAAUUUCCUCAUCACCAAUGACCCAAAACUUGCGGAAGAAGUGGGGAACGAGACAUGGGGUGCAACAAAGGACCCUGAAAAGAAGAUGAAGGACCGUCUGGAAGAGGAGGAGAGAAAGAAACGUGAGGCAGAAGAGGUGAAUAAAAAGGAGGAAGAUGAAGAUGAAGAUGAAGAUAAAGAGGAGAGGGAUGAGGAAGAAGACUAUGAUGAUGAGGAGGAGGAAGAGGAAGAAGAAACAGACUCUAAACUCAAGGAUGAGUUAUAAACUCAAACAGGAACUUCUGAAAAGGAACCCUGUCGACUAUGAGCCAUUGGCGCAAGGCUGGAGAUUGGACUUUAUUGGACGUUCUGUUCGUCAUUGAAGCUGGCCAUUUAUGUUUUGGUGGGAAGCUAUUGUUUUAAUUACAUGACAAGGGAAUGGGUGCAAACUGACUAAGUACAUUCAUUAUUUUGUCUGUUUCUAUGUGCAAUGGGAGUUCAGAAUUGUCAAGGUUGGAGAUGUUAGAAAGAUUUUAUCUUUAAAUUUGAGAUGAACAUUUUCUGGCACUGAUGUUAUGCCAGCAAUUGUUUUUGAGAAGUGAAAUGUAAACAAAGCUCUACUGCUAACCCUACAUUGUUUUCUUACUUAAGGAUAUUGACUAUCUACAAUUUCUUGACUAAUCUUUACAGCAAAUAGUGUUUUGUUGGUCUUAAUAAUUGGACACAUUUUUGUGCCUGUACCCGAAAGGGGUGUGUGUGGCAUUAAGAUGGCAUCUCUCUUGUGUAUUGGAUAUGAAGUGAAAGUCUAAUGCUUUUCAUUUUCUGCAUAUGAUUUUCAACAUAGUGCUGAGCGAUGUUGACUUGUUCGGUUUUCAAACAACUAAGAGACUGACAUGAAUUCAAUUUUUUUUUUUCUCAAUGUGCCCAUUGGAAAAACUUCAAAGAUAAAUCUGAUCCUGCCUGCACAGUGCGAUGUAGUAGGGAGUUGUAGUUCCCAACAUUCUACUACUUAGUUUAAAUCAUUUUUUUUUUUUUUUAACUACAAUUGACCCAUUGCGGAUCUACUUGGCCGGUCUGUUUCUUCUACGCCUGCUACGGAAGAGGCAGAAGAAUGCGAGAUCGUGAGGGGAUCUAGAGAGCAGCUGUUGCUUUGCGAUGUGUCUUUACCUGACAAUACAUGUUCGUUAUAAAAGUAUGUCUUUACUUUGAACUACAUUUUUUUUUUUUAUGUUGUUUAGUUGGCAUAUGCAGCAGCUAUGUAGACAUGAGGGAAAAAGUCAAAUAAAACAUAUGUACACAACUGAAAUAUUGUAACGUGAAAUUAUGGUUAAGUGAUAAGCAGUAACGAACAGUCACUACCAUCAUUAUACUGGUAUUAAUUGUUUCAUUCUGUUACAGCAUUCAACACAAAUAAUCGAAAUAGAAAACUAUGGUUAUUGUUUAAUAAUCAACCCUGAACCGACCUCAAAAAGCACGAAUCGUUCAGCACUAUUUCAGCAUAAAGGUGUGCUUGAUUUAGGGUAACUACUCAUUUUUCACGAAUGGAACUGCUCAAGCUCACUCAGGCUACCGUAAAUCAAAUUUUAUAAAAAUAAUCAGAUUGCAUGGAUAAAGCCGUUCAGAUAUUCUAAAACACUAAGCAGGAGGGAGUGAUGCCAGUCCAUUGAUAUGUUUAUUUUGGGGGCAAUGUCAAUUUAUGUUGUGUUUUUACCCCUUUGGUUUUUAAUGCCAACGUUUCUGCACUGCUGUACCCUCGAUACUUGUCCCUAAGCUGAUUGGAUCUUGAUCCUUUUGUAAAACAUAUUUUGUACUGGGGAGGAUAUGGAUGGAUGAUAUUUUGAUUGUGCAGGAAAGAAAUUAUGAUACACAGAUUACUGUCCAAUAAUAAAACAUAAAGGAAGUG